AUGGUCGACGAUGCCGAGGAGGUCGGAUGUCUAUUGAAUUAUAUUGAAAGUUUGACACAUGGCAUAAAUUUACAAGCACCCCACGCCAACACUUCGAAUAUUGUUUUGAUUAUGGACUCACUUUUGCCGUUGGACAAAGUCCAGGAACUAAUUCAGUCAUGUAUGCUGCCAGAAUUAAGACAGGAUUUGGACAGCAUACCAAUAGAACGAGAUCAUUUCAAAUCAUAUCAUGAGUGUUUGAGAAUACAGUUACCGAUAUUAUUUGACUGGAUAGAGCACAUUAAGCCAUGGGAUGGAUGUCAACAUGAAUAUGACCAAACAAAUAAAGAAGAGUUGCAAGCAAAACUUAUUUUAUUACUUUGUGAAAUGUCUAUGCGGGACACAGUAUAUACAGUGGACCAACCUGAGCUACUGAACAAUGCUGAUAGAAUUCUACAAAGAUCAGCUAGGAUUCCCAAGGUGGUACAGGAAAAAUUACUUAAAUACUAUCAAGAAAAAUUGCAUAAGGAUACUUGGAAGAGGCAAAUAGGUGCCACAAAUGGUUUUGUCAAAUAUUUAAUGGUUAAUGCAGCAUCACCUAGCCCGCAAAACUUUAUGGAUCAACAGUUACUUAUGUUCUGUUUAUCUGUUGGCCUGAAUAUUAGGACAUGUUAUGAAACCCAUUACAAGCUCUUAAGUACACAAAUAUUUGCCAUAAUGCUUAACCAGGGGAAUUUCGAUGAAAUCUUGUCUAUGAAUAUACACAGUGUCAUAUAUGAUGCCAUUUUCAAAGAUCUUCAUAUUAUGGAUUCUAUUGAGUUUAUACAGCAUCAAUGGAAUUGUUUAUUAAAAUGUUUUGAUUUUUAUAAAGAUAUGGAUAGUUUUACGUGGAAUAAAUUGGACGAUUCUUUGGAAAUUCUACUGCGAAAUAUACCACUUGCUCCGAACAGUUUGACAUCAAUAAAUCUAAUGAAAUACCUUAAUAGAUUUAUUGUAUAUUUCAAUAUAAAUCGACAAGAAUUUGAUAAUUGCCUAUGUACAGAUUUAAAGGACAAUGAGACAAUAGAUAAAAUCCGUCUACUUGGAGGCAACAAUUCAAGCUAUACAUCAUACAGAUGGGCUAAAACAAUAUUGAAAAUGUUUAUACUGGAAUCAUAUCGUUUAAUGCAGAAUGUGGAUAUAUGUUUGGAUAUGUUAAAGGAAAUUCACCGUUGUUAUAUUGUUGCCAUAUAUCCAAUAAAUUUGCGAGUAAUUGAGCCCCAUCUCAUCACAUUUUAUGAUAAAUUCACAGCCGUUCUAAAGUACAAAAAUAUAAUGGGGAUAUAUUACAGGAAAUUACACUGA